UUCCUUUUCUAGUCCUGAGGCCAGGUCCCCGAGAUGAGAGAGCUGACAGCUCCCUGUCCUCCGUGGCUCCCUCUCGGGCGCGCCCUAUCUUCUGCGCCCCGCCUGCUCCGGGACCAAAGAUGAUGAUUCCAUCAGGAGAGUGUACGUAUGCUGGCAGGAAGAGGAGGAAACCCGUCCAGAAGCGGAGGCUUACCAUGGGGGCUGAGAAAUCAAAUCCUUCCAAACGGCACCGGGACCGCCUCAAUACAGAGCUGGACCACCUGGCCAGCCUGCUGCCAUUUUCACCCGACAUCAUCUCCAAGCUGGACAAGCUUUCUGUCCUGCGACUCAGCGUUAGUUACCUCAGGGUGAAGAGUUUCUUCCAAGCCUUGAAGGAGACGUGUGUAUGGCGGGCUCCAGUCCUGUCACCCGAAGACCACUCACACAGAGAGUUCUCUGUGCAGGAAGGACGGCUGCUGCUGGAGUCUCUCAAUGGCUUUGCCCUGGUGGUGAGUGCAGAAGGGAUGAUCUUUUAUGCAUCAGCAACAAUUGUGGACUAUCUGGGCUUCCAUCAGACAGAUGUAAUGCACCAAAACAUUUAUGACUACAUCCAUGUGGAUGACCGACAAGACUUCUGCAGACAGCUACACUGGGCCAUGGACCCUUCCCAGGUGGUAUUUGGGCAGUCCCCACAUGCCGACACAGACAACACCAUCCUGGGGAAGCUGCUUGGGGCCCAAGAAGGAGGCAAAGGAUUGCCUUCAGAGUACUCGGCCUUCCUAACACGCUGUUUCAUCUGUCGUGUUCGCUGCCUGCUCGACAGCACCUCUGGCUUUCUGACUAUGCAGUUCCAAGGAAAACUGAAGUUCCUGUUUGGACAGAAAAAGAAGGCACCAUCAGGAACAGCACUGCCCCCUCGGCUCUCGUUGUUCUGCAUCGUGGUGCCAGUCCUGCCUUCUGUGGCUGAGAUGAAAAUGAAAAGUGCCUUCUUGCGGGCAAAGCACAGGGCAGACAUUGUGGUUACAAUGGACUCAAGGACAAAAGCAGUUACAAGUCUGUGUGAAUCAGAAUUGCACCCCAAACCCAAUUACUUAGCAGGAAGGAGCAAUGGAGAAAAUGGCAUUUCACUGUUCAGGGGACAAAUAGAUAGGAGCCACUGGGCCCGGGCUCUAGCCAGGCCCUCAUGUCUGUGCCUCAGGGGUGGUCCUGACCUCCUGGACCCCAAAGGAGCUUCAGGGGACAAGGAAGAGGACCAGAAGCAUAUACUGAGGAGAUCCCCUGGUGCCUGGGGGCAGAGGGAGAUGCACAAGUACAAUUACGGCUUAGAGACUCCAGUACACUUGAGGCACCUGAACUGGAGCAUGGAACAGCGAAGUCAGGAGGACACUGCCAAGCUGACUCGGCAGCCUAGUAAGAACGAGCCGUCCACAUGUCUGGGGCCCCAUAGUUCUUGUGUGUCCUAUGCUGGAAGCCAGGGCAUGUUUGGAGCCAGCAACAUGGCUUCUUUCAGAGAUUCAUCAGACCCUCCUACUGGUGCCUACUGCAGCCAAACGAAAAGACCCUUGCAGGAUAUCCACCAGGGCCAGGUAGAUCCUUCUACCUGUCAUUUUCCCCAGGGCAACCUGGGAUCCAGGAUCCCUCUGCCUGGAAUGCAGCGCUUCACAGCCAGGAGCUUUUCUGCAGAGGAUGCAAAAUUGCCCAGCCUGCCAGUGACCAUAGGUACCCCAUGCAAUCCAGUAUUGUCACUGGAAAUACCAAUCAAGAUGGAAAAUGAAUCUGGGUCCCAGGAUAUAGCUGAUGUCAGCACAACUAGCCGGGUGUGGCUGGGAGCCAGUGACAUGGCCAGGAGACAUCUGGUCAGUUUCCCUGCCAGGAUGCACCUGAAAACAGAGCCUGACUAUAGGCAACAAGUGUGUACCCCACACCUUGGGCACGGUAUGCUGGGAACUAAUCCACACAGCAGGGAUACUGCUGGAUCCUGCAGGGAGCAGGCUCCUCUUUACCCUCCACACUGCACCUGCCUGGAUCCAGAGCCCCCUCAUCACCUCUUCAUGCGGGGCCACAGUGAGAGCCAUCACCCAUCUUUGGGCCAAGACUGCGGAGCUCCUGUUGUUAAGCGUGAGCCCCUGGAGUCACCACCAUGGGUUGCUCCUAGUCAGGUGGCUGUGCCCAGGAUGUUCCCUAAGGGUGCCUCUAUAACUGUGAUCCCACCCAAAGGCUCCGAAGGGACUUUCCUACCCUAGAGCUGCUGCUCAGCUGGAAAUCUUAGUCCUUGGAUGAU